UAAGCGUACGUUCAUUUAGCACUCGCACAGUUUUUCAAAUAUUUUACAAGUUGUAGUAAAUAGUGAAAAUUUAUUGUUAUUACACAAUUAUGGCAAAUCAACCACUUAAUAUUGUCAUUAAGCAGCUGGUUCAAUGCCUCAAGAGAUGCAACGAACCGGUUUCAGUCGACGGACUUCUCAGGUUCUCCAACAUUACCGUCAAGGAUCCACACGCCUUUAAGAAAAAACUCCGGGUGCUGUUAGGCAUCGCGGUGCGGCUCGGACUUGUCCAGGAGUACAACAACCAUUUCUAUGCCACGACCCAUGCGGAGGAUAUAUUGCCGCUUCUAACUGAGGAUACGGGCAGCGACAUUUCGAUUAUCAGCUCCGAGGAGACGUUCGAAGAGGCGGCCGGCCUGCUUUCCCUGGAUAGUGACUUGAGCCUGGAGCCAGAUCUAAGCGACAGCGAGCAGGACGACGAGGCCGAUAAGGAUAAAGGGAGCGAGUGAUGAGCCCACAUACCAAAGCAUAAAAAGGACUAAGGGACUCUCUUACAUUUAAAAAAAAAAACACAAAAAACAAAAGCUGCCCGCUCCACUGGCAAAAAUCACUUAGCGACUGACGAAUUGGGGAUGACAAAGGAAUGCGCAUUUAAACUAAAUUAACUGUAAAGUAAUAAAAUUACAUUUUAAUUACACAAUAUAAAA